GGAUAACAGCAAUAAUUACACUUUUAUAUCAAUUGGCCAUCUUUCUCACAGCAUUCGCACUACAAACUGAAACCGUUGAUACAAAUAAAAUUUAUAGGUGGAUCGAAUGUUGCGUUACUUGCUAUCUUGACCUUAAUUUUCAGCCAAGUAAGUAG